ACUCAGGACCAGCUCAGGGCCAGCUUAAACCAGCUCAUGACCAACUAAGGACCAGCUGCUAAGCUUCAAAAUAUGCGUACCCAGUACACUGUUUAGUUUGACAGUGCACAAGCAUUCUGUAAUGGCUGUGUCCUUCACAGGACUCUGUUGGCUGAAAUGGACAUUCAGUUGUUUGAACACGAGAUCAUAACGCUUGGUCGCAAUUAUUCAUCGCGGGAACAACCAGAGGUGGACUUGGGCCUCGUGCUUGCUGUGGCUCAGGAUCAGCUAAAGAAGAACAACUUUGAGAACUUCACAGAUAUGAUUCGAGCCUUUGCACACGAGGACCGGGACAGAUCUGGACACCUCUCUUCUAAAGAGGCACAGAUCAUCUUGAAGGCCCUCCGACUGCCGCUGUCUGAUGACCUACUACGAGCCCUCCUCGAAAAGUUUCAAGACGAGUCUGAGAAGAUUGACUAUCAUGCCUUCCUAUCCGGUAUCAACUGGAGAGAAAACCCGGCCCCUGCUGUGCCUCCAGAUGUCACCGUGAAGGGAUUGUAGGACCAUAGAGAUUCCAAGAUGGAUCCAUGAGAAGCAAGCCAGGCUGUGUGAUUCUGUGUUUUUUGCUUUGCUCACUCAUUUCUCAUAGCUCAUUUCACAGUGUUUAUUGACUGUUAAAUUAGCCAGUUUCCAGCCAUUUCCUGCGGCCCUCGCAGCCAUUACAAUGGUGAAUUACCCUGCACUUAUCAAAUACUUCUUAGUAUGAAAGAAAGUAGAACAAGACCACACUGAAACUGUAAGGAUCGAUCAGUCUGUCUAAUCCGUCUUGUCUAGUGACUAGAGCCAUGUUUCAUUAAAACCACAUGAAGCCUUGUGCAUAAAAAGUAUGUAUACUUACUAUAUGGUACAUCUAUGACAGGGUAACCAGAUGCCCCUGAUUUCCAGGAAAUUUUUUUUUACCUUUG